GAAGCGUCCAAACACCGAACUUCGCGUUUGCAUGUGUGUGUCUAUGUAGAAGAAAUGGCUUUCAUUUCUGUAUCUCAUGACGAGUUUAACUGUUCUGUAUGCCUGGAUCUGCUGACAAACCCGGUGACAGUUCCCUGUGGGCACAGUUACUGUUCGGGUUGUAUUACCGAGUGUUGGGACCAAGAGGACCAGAAGGGUGUUUACAGCUGCCCACAAUGCAGAGAGACCUUCGCGACUAGACCCGUGCUUCGCAGAAGUACAAUGCUGACCGACGUUGUGGAUAAACUCAGGCAGACGACACUUCAUUGUGACAAUGCUGCCAAUUCAGAAGAAAGGCUGAAGAAGCAGAGGAAAUUGGAAGAGGCGCAGACAGACAACCAGACGCAACUCCAGCAGAGAGAGACAGAGCUGGAGGAUGUCCAACGCUCCCUACACACGUUUCAGGCCUCUGCGCAGAGUGCGGUUGAGGAUGCUGAGAUGAUGUUCACCGAGCUAAUCAGCUUCAUGGAGCAGAAACGCUCGGAGGUGACUGAGGCGAUCAAAGCCCAGGAGAGGGCGGAGGUCAUCGGAGCCGAGAAACUGGUAGAGCAGCUGGAGGUGGAUAUAGCCAUCCGCAGGAGCAGAGACACUGAGAUGCAGCGACUGCUGCAGACAACGGAUGAUGCCGCGUUUCUUCAGAACUUCGACUCCAUCUUCCCGUCCCUCAGCUCCUUUUUAGAGCUCCUGUCUGGCGUGACCUUCUCUCCGUGUUCGACCUUCAAGGACGUCCUACCGCCCGUGUUUAAGGAACUAGAGCAAAGGCUGCAGGAGGUGAAUCCAGAUCACACAGCUGAAGCACCCGAAGCCUCGGCCUCCCAGUCUUGUGACACUGCUGUCUCCACUGCAGAGAGAGAUUUCUUGGUGGGGGACAGAGUCCGGGUGAAGCCCUCCGUUGAGGAACCGAAGCACAAGUGGGGAUCAGUCACUCACCAAAGUGUGGGUGUGGUCAAAUCGUUCACUCCCACUGGGAUGAUGUUGGUGGACUUCCCUGGACAGAGUGCAUGGAAGGCAGACCCCUCUGAGAUGGAGUUGCAAGCUUUCCUGGUGGGAGACCGAGUCCGAGUGAAGGCCUCUGUUAAAGAGCCGAAACACAAGUGGGGAGAGGUUACACACAGCAGUGUGGGCGUUGUCAAAUCUUUCACUCCCACAGGGUUGAUGUUGGUGGAUUUCCCUGGACACUCUGCAUGGAAGGCAGACCCCUCUGAGAUGGAGUACCAAGGUUUCAUGGUGGGAGACAGAGUUCGAGUGAAGCCCUCUGUUAAAGAGCCAAAGCACAAGUGGGCCUCUGUCACUCACCAAAGUGUGGGCGUUGUCAAAUCGUUCACCCAGAACGGCCUGAUGCUGGUGGACUUCCCUGGGGAGACCGGCUGGAAAGCAGACCCCAAUGACAUGGAGCAGCAGGGUUUCAUGGUAGGGGACAGAGUCCGGGUGAAGGCCUCAGUUGCAGAACCGAAGCACAAAUGGGGAUCUGUCACUCAUAGCAGCGUGGGCGUGGUUAAAUCGUUCACCCAGAAUGGCCUGAUGCUGUUGGACUUUCCUGGGGAUGCGAACUGGAAGGCAGACCCCCUGGAGAUGGAGUACCAAGGUUUCAUGGUCGGGGACAGGGUCCGAGUGAAGUCGUCGGUUAAAGAGCCGAAGCACAAGUGGGGAUCGGUCACUCACAGUAGCGUGGGCGUGGUGAAAUCGUUCACUCCCACCGGGCUGAUGAUGGUGGACUUCCCUGGACAGACGGAGUGGAGGGCCGAUCCCUCGGAGAUGGAAUAUCAAGAUCCAGGAUUCAUGGUGGGGGAUCGAGUUCGAGUGAAGGCCUCAGUCAAGCAGCCCAAGCACAAGUGGGGAUCUGUCACUCACCAGAGUGUGGGUGUGGUCAAAUCCUUCACGUCUAAUGGCACCAUGCUGGUCGACUUCCCAGGCAGCCCAGAGUGGAAAGCAGACCCUACUGAGAUGGACUUCCAAGGUUUCAUGGUGGGGGACAGAGUCCGGGUGAAGGCCUCAGUUCAGGAGCCGAAGCACAAGUGGGGAUCGGUCACUCAUAGCAGCGUGGGAGUGGUCAAAUCGUUCACCCCAAAAGGUCUGAUGCUGGUGGACUUCAGUGGCCAGUCUGGCUGGAGGGCAGACCCUGCAGAGAUGGAGCUGGACAUCUGAAACACUGGACUAGAUUGCAACUGGACUGGAUUGGAGCUGACCGUCUGGGGUAAUGGACUGGACUGCAGUCUAACUAACUACACUGGAUUAGGUCUUGAGCUGUCAGCUGUCCAUCUCUAGCUCUCAGAGAUACAGAACAUUAGAUGUUGAGUUGACUACCCUUGUACCCUGUCUAUUGGUACAAAUGGCUCAGUUUGAUCGCAACCAAUUUUCUUCCGGGUUCAGGGUAACGCUACUUGAAUGAAUGUCAACUAUUGGUGAUUUAAUUUAUUAAAUUAUACAAUGUUAAAUUAUAUUAUCAUUUAGUAGUAUGCAUUAUAAUAUAAACUAUAAUAUAAUAAAAUAACAGAAUAUAAAAUGAUAUUAUAAAUUCUAUAAUUUAUAAAAUGGCUUUGCCUGGGGCUGGCCAUGCCAAAAGCCUGGCCGAGACAUCUGGUGUUCUAUAUCUAUGUGAGACACUGACUCGAAUCGAACUGGACGAGACGGACUGGAAUUGGCGCUGAGGACUGGAGCAAGUUUGAGCUGGGCUGGAUUUGAAUGGAGCUGGACUGGACUCUGGAGGGGCUUCAUUGGAAUACAGCUGGACUAGACGGGGUUUGCGUGGGACUGUAUUGGAUCACACUGUACACUGUAAAACAUUGCAGUCAGUUAAAUGUGAAAAAGUAAGUUGCCCUGCCCUGAGAAAGCUGGAGCUGAGGGGCUUGACCUGAAAGUACCAGACUGGACUUGACCAGACCAGACUAUAUUGGACUGGCUUGACUGGACCAAACAUGACCGCAGCAGGUUGCAUUUGUCUGGGCUGGGCUAUCCUGGGUUGGACUGGGCUGGCCUGGGCUAGGCUGUAUUGAACCAGACCAGGCUGUGUUUGAUCUGGGCCGGACUUUAUUUUGUUUGGCUGGGUUGGGUUGUGCUGUGUUGUAUUGGACCGGAUCUGACCGUAUGGGUUGUGCUGGGCUGGAGAUGACCCAGGUGAAGGUCUGGACUGCACUUGAAAUAGAUCAGGGAUGUCUUGCACUUUAUUACUUUAGCUUUAUGAUUAAUUAUGAUUAAUUGAUAAAUUGAUAGAUUUGAUGAUUAUGACCUUUAUUACUUCACCUUUGAUCUGACUAAUUCAGGAAGUAGCUUGGACAUGAAGUAUAAUAAAGAGAACACAGAUACUCAGGCAGGCACGCACGCACGCACGCACGCACGCACACGCACACACACACGACAGUCAACAGGCCGUGCUUUUAGCUGAAAGACAUGCAUCAUCAGAAAUAUAGAACACUUGAUAUUGCGCUGACUACUUUUGUUGAAAGAGUAUCGCCCAAUUUGAUUGCUGCAAUUUUGCAUGGGUUAUUUUAAAGGUGCACUUUGUAGGAUAGUAACCAGAGCAGGUAUUGCAACUAUGCUGCUCAAUGAAAGUGUGCUGCCUAUUGCCAAAAUCUUUUCACGAAUAUUUGCUAAGUAGUUAACUAAUAUGUACUAGUAUGACCCAAGUACAAUACGUUUUCCAGCUAAAAAUGUCUUAUUUUUGGAAAUUUAAAAUGGCAAACAAGGAGAAAAGCCAUCUUUUCAUGUAUGAAAAGUGCAAUUUUUGUCAUAAUGAAUACUUACAAUUUGGUGGUGGUGGUAAGUAUUCAUGAAAAAGGUUUUGUGAACAUUUGUGAAUGGGUAGCAUGAAUUCUGGAAAGAAACUGCAAAACAUAUUACACAGUGCUCCUUUCAGUACAAGAAUAGCAGUAAUGAGCAAUUGAAGUAUGUAUACAAUGUAGGAAAGUUCACUGGCACUAUGCACUCAGCUUUGAUGUGGGCUAUUCUUUAUAAGAUGAAUACUGCCUUUUUAUUUUUGGUUAAUACACUACUUUUGUAUCAAGGGAGUGUCUGUCCCUUCAUAUAGUCUAUCCUUUUUGUUUGUCUAUGCACUUAGAAAAACUUCACAAAUGUCAAAGCAACAUUUUUGUGGUAACAUUGCUCUGUUUCUUCUGGAAUUGUAUACACACAUACGGACAGACUUACUGUAUAAAGUGACUUGAUGGGUACUUGUUGGAAUGAAUGUUUUGAUAUAACAUUCUGUUUGUGUCCUGGAAGAUGACAUAAAUGUUUGCUUGUGUGCUUGUGCGUGCGUGCAUGUGUGUGUGUGCGAUGUUUCACAUGGAGGUCAUCUGUAUCAAACAUCAGAACACUUGUGCAGCAAGCAUCAAUUGAUUAAAGGCCUAUCUCCGUCCCACAGUUUGAGGCAUAGGCGUGCACAAAUAAGGACGAGGUGGUAUUAAAGCAUCUGCCACUUUGUCCUACUGGAUUUUUGACACAAUGUACUGUGGUUCAUGCUGACAUGAUAAUCUACAAAUGCUUCAUGAUUAAAAUCAUAUGACAAUGGCCACCACAUAGCCUCUGCCUAGUAAGGCAGCUGGAAGUUCCACAUGACCCGCCUUCAGCAUCUGCCAUCCAAAAUGUCUGUGCAAAGUGCACGCCACUGGUUUCAGAAUCACUGUAAUAGGGGAUACACAGACAAGUGGGCCACACACACACACGC